AUGACCCAUUGGGACAAUGUGGGUCCUGUUUGCAGCCUGAAGUUUGCGACUCUCCUGGUGGCCCUAAUUCCAGAGCUCCUAUGCCUGGGAGCCGGAGUGCAGCUUCAAGACAAUGGGUAUGAUGGAUUACUCGUUGCAAUCAAUCCUCAGGUAUCCGAAGAUCAGAACCUCAUCCCAAACAUUAAGGAAAUGAUAACGGAAGCUUCUUUUUAUCUAUUUAAUGCUACCAAGAGAAGAGUGUUUUUCAGAAAUAUAAAGAUUUUAGUACCUGCCACAUGGAAAGCUAAUAAUUACAGCAAAGUAAAACAAGAAUUAUAUGAAAAGGCAAAUGUCAUAGUGACUGACUGGUAUGGGGCCCAUGGAGAUGACCCAUAUACGCUACAAUACAGAGGGUGUGGAAAAGAGGGAAAAUACAUUCAAUUCACAUCUAACUUCCUACUAAACGAUGCCUUAACAGCUGGCUAUGGACCACGAGGUCGAGUGUUUGUCCACGAAUGGGCCCAUCUCCGUUGGGGUGUGUUUGAUGAAUAUAACUAUGAGAAACCUUUCUAUAUAAAUGGGCAAAAUCAAAUUAAAGUAACAAGGUGUUCAUCAGACAUCACAGGCAUUUUUGUGUGUGAAAAAGGCCCUUGCCCCCAAGAAAACUGUAUUAUUAGUAAACUUUUUAAAGAAGGAUGUAUGUUUAUAUACAAUAGCACCCAAAAUGCAACUGCAUCGAUAAUGUUCAUGCAAAGUUUAUCUUCUGUGGUUGAAUUCUGCAGUGCACGUACCCACAACCAAGAAGCCCCAAACCUACAGAACCAAAUGUGCAGCCUCAGAAGUGCAUGGGAUGUAAUCACAGACUCCGCUGACUUCACGCACAGCUUUCCCAUGAAUGGGACUGGGCCUCCGCCUCCUCCUGUAUUCUCCCUUAUUCAGGCUGGUGACAAAGUAGUCUGUUUAGUGCUGGAUGUGUCCAGUAAGAUGGCAGAGGCUGACAGAUUCCUUCGACUGCAACAAGCAGCAGAAUUUUACUUGAUGCAGAUUGUUGAAAUCCAUACCUUUGUAGGCAUUGUCAGUUUCGACGGCAAAGGGGAGAUCAGAGCCCAACUACACCAAAUUAACAGUGAUGAUGACCGAAAGCUGUUGGUUUCACAUCUGCCUACAACUGUGUCAGCAGAAGCACAAACCAGCAUCUGCUCAGGGCUUAAGAAGGGAUUUGAGGUGGUUGAAAAACUGAAUGGAAAAGCCGAUGGCUCUGUGAUGAUAUUAGUAACCAGUGGAGUUGAUGAGCAUAUUGGCAAUUGCUUACUUACUGUGCUCAGCAGCGGUUCAACCAUUCAUUCCAUUGCCGUGGGCUCAUCUGUGGUUGAAAAUCUGGAGGAAUUAUCACAUCACACAGGAGGUUUAAAGUUCUUUGUUCCAGAUAAAUCAAACUCCAAUAGCAUGAUUGAUGCUUUCAGUAGAAUCUCCUCGGGAACCGGAGACAUUUUUCAACAACGUGUUCAGCUUGAAAGUUCGGGUGAAAAUGUUAAACCCCGCCAUCAUUUUAAAAACACUGUGACUGUGGAUAACAGCGUGGGCAAUGACACUACCUUUCUCGUCACAUGGCAGACCAGUGGUCCCCCUGAAAUUGCAUUAGUUGAUCCAAAUGGAAGAAAAUACUCUACAAGUGAUUUUAUCACUAAUCCAGCUUUGCGGACUGCUCGGCUCCACAUUCCAGGAACCGCUGAGCCUGGGCUCUGGACCUACACACUGAACAAUACCCACCAUUCUCUUCAAGCCUUGCAAGUGACAGUGACUUCUCGCGCCUGCAGCCCAGCCAUGGCCCCUGCCACUGUGGAAGCCUUUGUGGAAAGAGACAGCACCCAGUUCCCCCAUCCUGUGAUGAUUUAUGCAAAUGUGAGAAAGGGGACUUAUCCUGUUCUUAACGCCGCUGUAAUUGCUACAAUUGAGCCAGAGACUGCAGACCCUGUUGUGCUGAAACUUCUUGACAAUGGAGCAGGUGCUGAUAUUAUAAAAAAUGAUGGAAUUUACUCAAGGUAUUUUUUCUCCUUUGCUGUAAAUGGUAGAUACAGCUUGAAAGUGCAUGUCAGGCACUCCUCCAGCAUAAGCAGCCAAGCCCACUCUGUUCCCGGGAGUCGGGCUAUGUAUGUACCAGGUUACAUAGCAAAUGGUAACAUUCAGAUGAAUGCCCCAAGAAAAUCAGUGGGCAGGCAGGAGAAGGAGCAAAAGUGGGGCUUCAGCCGAAUAAGUUCAGGGGGCUCCUUGUCCGUGCGCGGAGUUCCAUCUGACCCCCAGCCUGACGUAUUUCCACCAUGCAAAAUCAUUGACCUGGAAGCUGUAAAAGUGGAAGAGGAGGUGACUUUGUCAUGGACAGCACCUGGAGGAGACUAUGAUCAAGGCCAGGCUAACAGCUAUGAAAUAAGAAUGAGUAAAAGCUUACAGAAUAUUCAAGAUGACUUUAACAAUGCCAUUCUAGUGAAUACAUCAAAGCUAAAUCCUCAGCAAGCUGGCACCAAGGAGAUAUUUACAUUCUCACCAAAGUUUUUCACAGAUGGACCUGACCAGCAACCUGAUGGAGAGACACAAGAAAGCCACAGAAUUUAUGUGGCAAUACGAGCAAUAGAUCAGAACUCCUUAAAGUCUGCUGUGUCUAACAUUGCCCAGGUAUCUCUGUCUCUCCCCGCAAAUCCUGCUCCUGUACUUGCCAGAGACCAUCUGAUACUGAAAGGAGUUUUGACAGCAGUGAGUUCGAUAGGAAUCAUUUGCCUCACUGUAGUUGUAACCCACUGUACGUUAAACAGGAAAAAGAGAGCAGACAAGAAUGAGAAUGGAACAAAACUAAUAUAAACAAAUGUACAGAUAUGAGAUCCAUGGCCUUUGCAUACUAUAAAAACAUACCAAUAAAGUCAAA